AUGAACGUUUCUGACACAUUGUUUUCCUUAAUAUCGUGGCUUGACACGAGGUUGCUACAAGGGGCUAUAUUAGCCACAAGGUUACAACUACCGUCACCAGUGACAGGUCCUGAGUCUAUAGCAUUUGAUCGAAACGGUGGAGGGCCAUACGUUGGUGUUUCUGAUGGAAGAAUUCUCAAAUAUGUUGGUCCAAACAGCUUCGUGGAAUAUGGUCACAGUUCACCUAACAGGAACAAGACAGUGUGUGAUGGGCUUGCUGAUUUCUCAGAAAUCCAAGCAGAAUGUGGAAGGCCUUUAGGAUUACGUUUCAACCAUCAAACAGACGAACUGUUUGUAGCUGAUGCUUAUUUUGGGCUUAUCAAGAUUGGGCCCAAUGGAGGGGCACCAACUCAAUGUUUAAAAGCUCCCCAAUCACCACAAGAUAACAGUACUGUUGAGUUUCUCGAUGGAAUUGACAUAGAUGUCAACACUGGAAUCGUUUAUUUUACCCAAGCUAGUGCUAACUUCCAUUUCAAGGAUGUUCCAGCACUACAAAGCAGUAGAGAUCAAUCUGGGAGCUUAUUCUCACUAGACCCAAAAACAAACCAAACAAGAGUUUUGAUGAGGGGUCUUGCUGUGGCAUCUGGGGUGGCAGUGAGCAGUGAUGGGGCAUUUGUCCUUGUUAGUGAAUACUCGUCAAAUAGAAUCCUGAGAUUUUGGCUCAAAGGGCCAAGAGCAAAUUCUUCUGAACUCUUCGUGCAACUUACUGGAAGACCAGAUAACAUUAGGAGGAACUCAAGGGGUCAAUUCUGGGUUGCAGUGAAUAGUGUUUUGGGCCCAAAUCCACCUUCAAGGCCUACCUUUUUACCUAGUAGAGGAGUCAGAAUUGGGCCGAACGGUGUAGUUUUACAGAUUGUGUCUCUUGUUAGAGAGUUUGGAAGUGAGACAGUGAGUGAGGUUCAUGAACAUAAUGGGACUCUCUACUCUGGCUCGUUGCAUGCUUCCUAUGUUGCCGUUUCUUCUAUGCUGUAG